AUGGCCAAGAAGAACAAGCCUCAACGCGUCAGUGUCACGCGCCCCGGCACGAAAUCCAGACGUUCCCAAAUGAAUUCUCAUGAUAAAGACGGUGCACCUCCCUCGCCCCCGCCCACCAACCCUGAGACCGGUGCCGUAACAGCCCUGUCCCCACCCAAACCUACUUUCGAUCCGCGUAUUAAAGCUGUCCCCGAGAAACUUCAGUUUUAUCUUCAGCCCAACGCGAAUUUAGAAAAAAAACCUAGUACGAUGGCUACCUUACUUGCGAUGAUACAACAUUUCUUCCCUUCGUAUAAACCCCCGAGUCGCCACUCAAAAGCAUUCUUGAUCCGUGCCUAUACUGAAAAAGUGGUCCCCAUCAUUUUGGUAUACAUCAAUUCAAUUACCGCGGAGAAGGAAGAAAGUGGAGACGUCGAGAUGGCAGGCCAAGAAAAUCUCAAUCUACUACCUCUAACGGGACUCAAUCCAUACAACUCGAAUAUCACGAUAGACAUAAUCCUUGAUUUAAUAACUAAACAAUACGGAUCAAAGCUUCAAAUCCCGGACAAAGUGAACAAAGCGUCUGCGAUUGGCUUCUAUCACAAGUAUCUCUGUCCCGCUCCCAUCGGCGGUUACCCUGCGCCCUUCACAACCUAUCCCCAUCCUGUUCCAAUGCCGUACCACAAAUUGCUCAAUCGCGGUGAACUACGAUACAGCCUUCAAUGGCAUUGUCCGAACGUCUUCGUGCCUAUCAACCCUGCCAAGACGUCCCUCGAAGGAGUUUAUGCGCAAUUCCUCCACCCAACCACAAAGUUCCACCCAACCGCAAAGUUCCACCCAACCGCAAAGCUCCACCCAAUCACCAAGUUCAACCCAAACACCAAGUUAGCUCCACCCGAUCUGCAAAGCGCCACCCAAUCUGCAACGCUCAACCCUAUCUGCAUAAGCCACCCGAUCGCCAAGUCACCUGCGUCCUAUCUGGACUGCUCGUUACCAAUCACGCGACGUCAUCAACUUGAAGAUCAGGCGGCGAGUGAGGCACUGUCCUCAGUUACUAACCCCGAAAGUUCACCUGUCGACGAGGUUAAUUCAUUCGAAGACCGCGUCAAUCAAGAGCGGGGUUAUGGACGCAUCGCUGUUUCGUCAACAGCGCGUCGUCAUCAACUGGAUGAUCAGGCGGCGAGAGAGGCACUUUCCUCAGUUAAUAACCCCGAAAGUUCCCCCGUUAUUGAGGAUAAUUCAUUUGCAGACCGCGUCAAUCAAGAGCCGGAUGAGGCCCUGGCUUCCGUGACACAAGCUUUGACAUUGAAUCGGAUGGUUCCCGUUCCCGUUGAGCCUUCACAAGCAGUUUAUAAUUCAGCACAAUGGUUGAUCCCUACGUUUGAAUCAACACCGCCAGCUUUCACCUAUGCAGCGUUAAUUGCCACCAUGUUUGCGAUCCUCCGACCAAACUCAAACCACACCUGUGCUUGGCUCUUGAGAAGGCAGCGCGAUCUCAUUGAACUCACCCUAACGCACCAACUCAAGACCAGUUUGUCGCAUCGUCCACUGAAAUUUACCGAAAGGAAUGAUCUUGACAAACUGCCCCGCGAUGUUCGAAGUACAGUCAAACGACUCAAGCUUGACCCUAAAAUCUUCCUGCUGAACUGUUGUUUGAGGUGCUUUGCUACGUAUCCAACUGACCGAACCCCUGAACAUUGCUUCCAUAAGGCGGAUAACCUCGUAGAAAAAAAGGUGGCAUCCGAUGAUGACCAACCUGAGCAAUCUGACGACUCCAAUAGUGACCAGGGGUCCGUCAAUCCCGGGGAAGUCAAUGAAAAUUAUGAAUUUGGGCGGAGAGACAUCCCAGCCACGGAAAUAGCGGAGAUGGACGAGGAGGCUCUCUCAGAAUCCCGCGAAUCCGAGACUUUCGACGAAGAGGACGAAUAUUCUAGCGAAGAAGACUCCGAGGACUCCGCUUCUAGCGACGAAGAAUCCGCUUCUAACGACGAAGAAUCCGCUUCUAGCGAAGAAGAUGCAGAAGAUCACAUUCAUCCUCACGCUCCAGGGGCACACCAACCCAACUCCGCCCCUCCUGGGACAUUCCGGCUUUGUGAACACAACUUCGGCAGCAAUACAGCUUCUAGUGACUUUGACUGGGAUGGAGACCCUUCGACUUUAGCUGUGUUGGAAUUGUUUCCCGAGUCCCUCCGUUCAAAGAUCAAUUCACUCAAAGAUCUCGACAAUCCCAAAGCGUACACUCCCAAGCAUUCCGUUGAUCCCAUCCAUGAACAAAAACUGAGCAGUCAAGACUCUCAAAAACUAGCCGAUUACCUCAAUGCCAAGUCACAUACUAGGAGUUGGGUCGUGGCCAGUGAGUGGAUUCGCAUGAGUGAGACCGACAAAAAACGCACCGCCACUUUAACUUCUCGAUGUCAGAUUCAUCAGCAUUUCUUCCACAAGAACGUCACUUUUUCUACGUGGGAGGCCAAUCCAAACAACAGCAUCAUUGCUGUGGAUCCUAAAUAUCCAAAACUUCUUCACUUUGCGCGUAUUCAAACUAUUUUCACACAUGUCAGAACAAGUACUAAUAAAGAGCAAAUCUCUGAGACAUGGGUAAAGAUCAAGCCAUUACCACCUUUACCCCCGUCAAUUGAUGACAUUUUUUCUCAGCUCCAACAACCUCAAAUUCAACUUUAUCUCCGUCUCCCAAUAAAAGAUGACGAGUUCAUCAUUAACAUUAACGAUGUUGUCUCACAUUGUGCUUGGAUUGAAUAUGCAGCGGGCGAGCUUGUUCCUAGUAUAAACAUUCCAACGACUGCACUAGUCUCACUUGAUCGCGAGUAG